UUAUUUUUUUUUAGGUUAUAAUGGUUUGUGUAUCUGUCUAUGAGUUAACAUUGAUUUGGAAGUUACUUGUUUUUGAGAUUAAUUACACAUUUUUUUGUCCAUUCCUACUCAAUUUGACAAGUCGAGAAGAGAUAAGAGACAAUGUCAGAUGCUGAGGGCAGCAAUGACAUCACAACUAUUGAAAAUCCCUAUGCAUAUCUGGAGAGGGAUUUUUCAUCAGAAAAUUUCAAAAUCGAAGUGAAGAAUUUACCCAAAUUUUAUGGCAUGAAUGAAUUUCGCAAAUUGUUGAAUGAAAAGUUGAAACUGCACUCCAACAAAAUAAAAACUACUAGAAAAAACAGCCCAUAUGCAUUUGUGUGUUUCAGAAAUGAAGAAGAUAGGGAAAAUGCCAUCAAUGUUCUUACAAACUAUAAGUGGAAAGGCUAUGAUUUACAGAUUUUGAAAGCAAAACCUGCUCCUGAUCCACUGGUGAAAAAAAGAAAGGAGAAUGCUGAAGAUCUUCAUUCUAAUAAAAAAACUAAAACUGAAGAAGUUUGUUCCCAAGAAGAAAAACUUAAGAAUUCAACUAUUCCUUAUCACAAUGUGGAAUAUGACCAACAAUUGAAACUGAAACUGGAAGAUAUAAAGAAAGUUUUGAAAAAAUUUGGCAGUGAACUUUCUCGUCAAAACACGGAACUGAAAAACUGGAUAGAAAAACAAAAGUUUCUUUAUGAUGGUUUGCCUUGCGAGUUACUUGAUAUAAGAUUUUCUGAUACGACUGAAGGGUAUCGAAAUAAAUGUGAAUUCACAGUUGGAAUUGAUGAAGAUACGAAUCUGCCUACAGUAGGGUUCAGAAUAGGAAGUUACGUGAAGGGUACUACAGCUGUGGGUCCUGUCGACAACCUUGUACAUAUUCCUGAGUCCAUGAAGGUGGCAGUCAAGUGUAACUUUUUCCCUUCCCUUUCAAUGAAUGGACUUCAAGAGAUUUUUCAAGAUUAUGUACGAUCUUCGGACUUGAAAGUUUUUGACCCUGAACAUCAUACUGGGCAUUUCAGACAAUUAAUGGCAAGGUCAGCACAGAACCAGUUGAUGCUUGUUGUGGGUAUUCACCCUCAAGAUCUCACAGAUGACCAAUUAAGUGAAUUCAAGACAAGUAUCGUUGAAUAUUUCUCUGUUGGAAAAGGAACACCCGCAAAGGUUACCUCUUUGUAUUUUCAGAAAAUAGUCAAAAAAAAUCAUAGAGAUGAUAUAGUGCCAACGGAACAUCUUUGGGGCGACACACAUAUUUAUGAGACAAUUAUGGGGUUGAAGUUCAAGAUAUCACCAGAGGCAUUCUUCCAGAUAAAUACUAAGGGUGCAGAACUCUUGUAUAAAGCAGCUAUUGAAUUGGCAGAGCCUUCUGAGAACUCUACAGUAUUGGACGUUUGUUGUGGAACUGGGACUAUAGGACUUUGUUUUGCAAAUAAAAGCUCCCAAGUUUUGGGCAUAGAAGUAAUUCCUCAGGCGAUAGUUGAUGCCAAAGAAAAUGCAACUUUGAACAGCAUUGAAAAUUCAGAUUUUUUUGUCGGGAAAGCAGAGGAUAUAUUAGGAAAUAUAUGUUUUAAGGCAACUGGGGAAGAUGUUAUAGCUGUAGUAGAUCCUCCCAGAGCAGGGUUACAGAAAAGAGCAAUAUUUCAGAUCAGAAAGAUACCAAAAAUCAAUAAAGUAGUUUAUGUUUCAUGCAAUCCUAUGGCAGCUUUGCAAAAUUUUGUGGAUUUUGGCAGACCGGAAUCUAAGAAAGUCCAUGGAGUACCUUUGGUACCAACAAAAGCUGUAGCAGUUGAUAUGUUCCCUUAUACUAAACAUUGCGAGCUUGUGAUUUGCUUUGAGAGGUGGGAUAAAAUUUCAUCAAAACAGCUUCAAUCUGAAGAGCUGGUCUCUUAGACAUCAAAUGUUUAGUUACAUUUUCUAUUAUUGUAUAUAAUUUACAAAUUUGUUAGAAAAUAAGGAGAAAAUAUAAUUAAACAAAUUCAAAGUUGA